AUGGUUCUAUUUGCCAAGACAGCUAUCUUAUUGAUUUCAGUUCUCGGUCUUACUGAAGGCUUCACGAAUAAUCCACCCAACUUGCCACCGCGUGCAGGAAAACGUACCUACCGUGGAUGUUAUCGCGGCCUGUCAGACACAACCGACCCAGUCGUCAAGGUCAAAGGCGACAAAACCAAGAACACAUGGACUGCCUGCGGCCAAUACUGCCUCAGAAAAGGCAAGCCGAUGGCUUUGGUACAAGGCGCAGACUGCUACUGUUCAGAAACCAUACCAAACCGUCGCAAAAGUGUCGGAGGCUUCGGCCAUUACUGCAUGGACCCUUGCCCAGGCAAACCAACUGAUCUUGUCGCUUGCGGCAGCGAAAGGUUUGGAAGUUACAGUGCUAUCAACACGGGUCUCAAGAGCGAGCUUAUACCUGAUCAAGAUCCGUUGCCUGGCGACCCGAUUCCAGAUUGUCUGGGCUGCACGUUCAAGUUACCCAGUGAUGCCGUGUUCAUUGGUGAGGCCAGCGGCGUUGAAAGCUGUCGGGGCGCUUGCAGAGAUCUGAAGUCGAAGACGUUGAUGAUGUAUGACAAGCAGUGCGUUUGCACGAACGCUACUGUUUCGGAACAUGCUCUCGAUCGCGUCCCAGAGGAACUGUGUUCCAUCCGAUGGGCUAAGAAGCCUUGCGGUGGAUAUUCGUAUUCUCUUCGCUCUGCGCUUUUCAGCGUAUAUGACGCGAGUGAGCCCGAGAAGCCUGCACCUGGAGGAACUACGUCGCCAGGCACCCCAUUGCCUACCGACUCCCAGCCUGCCCAGGCCACUGGGCAGACAUCUUGGGGUUCAAUUGGAAAGAUUAUAGAAGAUGUGGAGAUGGAAGUUCAGCUCCAGUUGUUGAUGCUUGAGGGAGAUCUUUGGGAGAUUUUUGCAUGGAUGGGUCGCCUCAUGACAAAGCUGGUAACGCCAAGGGAAGGACAUGAAAAUGACGAUCGAGAGCUUGACUUACAGUGA